AAUCAUUCCCGGGACGCCUCAAAGAAAUGGCGGGAAAAUUGGAUUGGGAUUGAGCCCUAGAGAGGGAAACACAUCUGAGUUCUUCUUCAGGGCAAUCACUCAGCACAAGGGCCGUCCCGCAUCCGUCGGAGCUUCGAAACGAAGAUGUGCCAAGCCGAAACCCUAGGGAUCAUCGACGAGAUCGCGGCCCUCGUUUCCGAUGAGCUUCAAGUGGUUUCAUACAAGUGGUUGAGCCGCAAUUUCUUGGUAUCUUCAAAUACUGCUAAGAGGUUGCUGCAAGAAUUUGUUGAAAGACAUGGAGACGGAUUGGAAGUAGUAUACUCUUUAUCUGGAUGGUUAAAGGACAACCCAUCAAGUUACCAUAUCAAACUUGUUUCUGGGCCUAAACUUGCUGAAGCCAGGGAAGAAUUCAACGGUAAAUGCUCAGUUCAUGUAUAUAGUGUGCAAACUUGCAUCCCCAAGGAUCCAGCUGCUCUUUGGAAUGCCGAAUUUGUGCAGGCAGAGGAGCUUUUCAGCCAGAAUGCAACCACCGAGAAUUGUCUGAGAGAUAACAGGUUCUGUGCGGUAGCUAAUCCCUUUGUUAAGCGAAGAGCAGAGAGGGAAUUAUUUGAUUUGGGAGCUCCCAAGUUGAAUGGCGUUAGAGCCUCAGGACCAUCAAAUACUGUCCCUCAAAAAGUUACCCCAGCACAACCAAGAAAGAUUGAACAGACAAGCCAAAUCAAGUUGGAACAAUCAGUUGAUGUGCUCAGUUAUGCAAAAAAUGAGGGUAAUGGUGCAGGAGUUCAUGAUGAAGCCACCAAACUGCCUGCAGACAAAGAAAAAGCCACUAACUUGCCUAUGAGUAAAAAGUUGGACCAGAACAGUAAGAACUCUUCCACAGCUGGGGGUUCUCUAGCAAAUCUAUGGGGUCGUGCUUCAACCACAAGAAAAUCAAGUGGUGGCCCAGCAGAAAAUAGCAGCGCUGCUCCAGGUUCCACCGUUAGUGCAGAAGCUCAAAUUUGUGCACAUGAGGCAGCUGAAUUGGACAGCGAGGAUGAGGUUCGGGAUGUCAAUCUUAAGAGAAGCACCAAAACUGAAGGCAGUAGAAAAAGAAGAGUUGUAUUUGAUUUCUCAGAUGAAGAAGACGAGGAUGAAGAUGCAGUCAAUUUGGCAUCACCUGACUUUCCAAAGGCCCAGUCUAUCCUAGCUUCAAAAGAGAGUGCCAAGGAGUUACUUUCUGAGAAGAAGUGCGAGGGAGAUAAAAUGGAUGUUGAUGAAGUAAAAGUGAGUGAGCAAGAACACCACCAGCCACCAAAGCAAGAUGUUGCUGCCGUCAGCAGAGGCAUGAACAUCGCGAUGUGCUCUUUAAAGGGCCAAAAUCAUGGUUCCUCCAAGGAUGUAAAUAGUAAAGUGACAAAUCCUACUCCAACCUCACCAAAGAGGCGAAAGGUUUUGAAGACUAGAAUUGAUGAACGUGGGAGAGAAGUAACCGAAGUGGUUUGGGAGGGUGAGGAAGAAUUGAAGAAAGCAAACAGUACUACAACUGACAAACCUAAUGAUGAGAGAGCUGCUGACGCCACGAGCAGGCCUCCUGUGACAAAGAAGUCCCCGGCAGUCAUUCCCACUGGUCCUAGCAAUCCAGCAGGCAAGGCAGGAAACAAGAAAUCUGCAACUCUUAAAGAUCCUAAGCAAGGCAACAUCUUGUCCUUCUUCAAGAAAGUUUGAGGAUAGCUUGAGACACUUUAUUUUCUCUAUCCUGCAUUUUUGGUUGUAAUCUUCACCGUGUGUACAUGCAAAGUUUCAUGCAACUAGGUCGUUACUUCAGUUACAAAAUUUCCAAGCUCUGCUAUUCGGAAUGGUUUCUAUGAGAGUGUACUUUUCUCUGUCCAUGCUUUCCCAUGUUGACGUAUCGAGAGAGGAAUGAAACAUUGCUCGGA